AUGUCUGGGUUGAAGCACCUCGUCUGUGUCAGCUUUUUGCUGACCAUUCUUCUGAAACUAACAUAACAGGAACCCCCUGACUUCCUCUCUACAAGCAUAAAGUUGUUGAUGAGGAGCUACUCUGUGCAAUCCACUGUGGUAUCUCACUGUGACCACACCUUGGUCACCACUAUCCUGUUUGAUCCACAUGCUGAGUUCCAAGAAGCAAUCUUUGACCUGGGUCUGCCUUGCCUUGCCUUUAUCUCCAAUUUCACCUCAGUCAUCCAUAAUAAAGUCUACAUUGCAGAAGUCAAAGAGAAGAAGCACCAGGCAAAGAAAUUCUGUGAGGAAGCCCAUCAACAGGGGAAUACAGCUGCCCUUGUGGGAAUCAGAUAAAAUUCCACCUAGGACCGGGAGUCAGAGAAAUUCCCCAUCUCCACCAGCCUAACAGCAGUUAUGGGGGUGACAUUUUCUUUGGACUACAAGGAGCUGCUACAGAGGCACCAGGGCCAGGACCAACUGGUGGUGAGCCUGAGACCUAACCAAUUGGUGACAAGGCUGAGCAUAGAGGUCAUAGUGUCAGAAAGGACAGGUAUUGCCUACAUGAACAUACCACCAUUAAGGACUAGCCAUCUGCUCACAAGCUCCCACACAAGUGAGGCUGACCCACUCCCAUCCACCAGGAUCGAGAGGGGAGAGACCUGUGCUCAUAGCACCUUCUGCCCAUCAGUGUGAGACCAGUCUGCCUUCUCCAGCUCAAGCAUUAUGGCACACUUCCUGGUGCAGUAUGAUGUGGUCAUGGAGGACAUCGUUGGAGAUGUCCAGGUUUAUGAUGCCUCUUUUACUCCUUUCUUUGCCACCAGAGGCCUCCUGCCUGUGGAGAAAAAUGUGGUCUUCAUUAUCCAUGUAUCAUCUAUGUUUGGUACCAAAGUGGAGCAGACUGCGAAAGCCAUGGGUGCUAUCCUCAGUGAUCUGUGGGCCAAUGACUACUUCAACAUCAUCUUCUUUUCUGACACAGUUAGUGUCUGGAAAGCUGGAGGCUCCAUCCAGGCCACCUUCUAGAAUGCCCACAGUCCCAAGGACUACCUGAGUUUCAUGGAAGCUGAUGGGUGUCUAAAUGGAAAGGGCUCCAAUGUGGGGAGGGUUCCGCUCAUCAUCUUCCUGACAGAUGGGGAGUCCACGGUCAGUGUGACAACUCCUAUGAUCCUCUCCAAUAUCUGUCAGGCACUGGGACACAAGAUGUCCCUUUUCAGCUUAGCCUUUGGGGAUGAUUCUAACUUCCUGCUGCUGCACUGCCUGUCCCUGGAGAACUGAGGAGCAGUCCAGCUCAUAUAUAAGAACAGUGAAGCAAUCCUGCAGUUGGAAGGCCUCUUUGAGUAGAUCUCUGUGCCUCUGCUGGCAGACAUGAAUCUUGAGUACCUGGGCAGCUUGGUUGGGGCCUUCCCUUGGGCACUUUUCCCUAACUACUUUGGUGACUCAGAGCUGCUGGUGGCAGGCCAGGUGCAACCAGAUGAGCAGGAGCUGAGCAUCCACCUGGCAGCCCGUGGCCCCCAGUGUCAGAUUCUCAUGGCCCAGCACAGUGAGGUGGCCACCAACAGCAGCCAGAGGACCUUUGGUUGCUCAGGAGAUCUAGGCCCCAAUGUGGCCCACUUCAUCUGCCACCUGUGGGCCUACAUCACUAUUGGACAGCUUCUGGAGGUAUGCUUCCAGGCCCAUGAUACCACCACUCAUCACCUGCUGGCUGCCAAGGCCCUCAGUCUAUCCCUUGAAUACAGUUUUAUCACAUCUCUGACUUCCUUGGUCAUGGUGCAGACCAAGCAGGCCAGCAAAAGCAGAAAAUAAGUCCCUACCACAGGUGGGCCAGGUAUCAUCAUGCCUUCAUCCACCAGCUGGCAUGGCCAAAGGGUAGGCAAAGCCCAUCCAGCCUUGGUGCCCAUAAUCUCCUCCAAAUCAAGUUCUGUGGGACUAAAGACCUACUUAUCUUCAACUACUACUAUCUCUACAAAGAAGAUGUCCAGUUCCAAGGAGCUGGAGAUAUUGGAUCAGAGCCCUAGAACUCUAUCAUCCCCAGCACAUCCAAAGUCUAAAACUCCAGCACAACAGGAUUCUGGCAUCUUGCAACAGCCAACUCUCAGGAUGAAACCUGCUGCCCUUGUGCCCUCAGAUUCUGGUGCUCACCAAAAUCUCAAUAUUCUAUUAUCCAUGAAUCCUUAGCCACAGGUCCCAGCACUGAAUCCUGGAACCCCAAGCCAGCCCAAAUCUAGCACUAUGAACCAUGUUACUCCACUGAACUCCAAACCUGGUGUUCCUUCACAACCUAAACAACAUGUCCCAUCACACCCCCAACCCACAUUGCAUUCAUCCAAGAGCCUGCCACAGCCCAGAGCUGGAGUCCCCAUACAUAUCCCAAAACACUCACCACACACUAGUUCUAUAUUUCCUGCUUCCCAAGCCCCAAGAAACUUGCCCGUACCUGGUAUCCUCUUACACAAAACUUCUAAAAUUCUACCACCACUUAAACCUAGUGCCCUACCUCACCAAACUUCCCCAAACCUAUUAUUCUCUAAACCUGGGAUCCUAACCCCCCAUUUAGCCAAAAAUUUACUCUCCUCAAGACCUACCAGACCUAGGCCCAUACCUGCUCAGAGCCUAAGCACACUUGCAAGUACAGUUUCAUGUCUCACAGCUCCCAACAGUACCAUGGCCACCUCUGUCUUUGAAAAAUCCCUCCCCACUCCCUUUACCCCUGCCCUGCACUCACUGCUGCUCACUGGAAGGUUCUGGCAUCACCAUGAUCUGCUGCCAGGCCCCAGCAGCAAUCCAAUUCUGGGACCAUCUUUGCUAGGAGCGCCAACAAUGGGCCUAUCCAACAGCUUCAGGCCUACACCAGAAAGCAGCCAUUGAAAUCUGCCAAUCUUCUUGUGUCCAGGCACCGUUUCUGAGGCCGUCAGCUUGCACCUUCUCCUCAAGGAGGUAGAGCUACUGUUUGAGUCAAUGGUGGAGUCCAAGUUCAUGGAGUCUUUGAACCCACCAGCCUUCUGUACCUUCCUCACUCCUGACAAGGAUG